GCUGAAGAGAAACCCUCAGGCUUUCUCAACUCUUCCUUAGCCAUUCUCUCUCCCUCUCUCACCACGACAGACAAACCCUCAUCUCUCUCUCUCUCCACUCAGGGCAGGCGACUCUUGAGCACCAGCGCAGUCCAAAUUUCGGGCAACCAACACAGCUAUCGCGCCGUUUAUUGAGUGAUUUUGAAAGUUGAAGCUGAAGUGGAGCUCCGAAGUUUUUUGGAAGGAUUUUGGGGUCAACCAUGGCAGGAGGGAAGAUCAAGAAAGAGAAGCCCCAUCGUGGUGGUAGUGGCACUGCCGCCUCGGCAAACCCGCACUACCAAGGGGGCAUACCGUUCCACAAGUCAAAGGGUCAGCACAUCCUUAAAAACCCCCUGUUGAUCGACACAAUCAUCGAGAAAUCCGGAAUCAAGAGCACAGAUAUUAUCCUUGAGAUCGGUCCUGGUACCGGAAACCUGACAAAGAAGCUUCUGAAAGCCGGAAAAUCUGUCAUUGCAGUUGAGCUUGACCCCCGUAUGGUCCUCGAGCUCCAGCGCCGCUUCCAGGGCACUGCCUUCUCCAACCGCCUCAAGGUUAUCCAAGGAGAUGUGCUCAAGUGUGAUCUCCCGUACUUCGAUAUCUGUGUGGCAAACAUACCUUACCAAAUAUCCUCUCCUCUCACUUUCAAAUUGUUAGCCCAUCGACCAUUAUUCAGGUGCGCGGUUAUAAUGUUCCAGAGGGAAUUCGCCAUGAGACUUGUUGCCAAGCCUGGCGACACUCUCUACUGCCGCCUUUCAGUGAACACCCAACUCUUGUCUCGCGUUUCCCAUUUGCUAAAAGUAGGAAGGAACAACUUCCGGCCUCCACCAAAGGUUGAUUCUUUUGUAGUUAGAAUCGAGCCAAGAAAACCGCAGCCUUCAGUCAGUUUCAAAGAAUGGGAUGGUUUAGUCCGCAUUUGCUUCAACCGGAAGAACAAGACCCUAGGUUCCAUAUUUAGACAGAAAUCAGUAUUGUCAAUUCUAGAGAAGAACUAUAAAACGUUGCAAGCAUUGCAACUCUCUCAGAAUGGAUCAUUGGAGGAUACAGAGAUUGCAGUAGAUGUAUCCACUUUGGCAGACACGGCUGAGGAUUUAAGUAUGGAGAUUGAUGAUGAAAGAGAUGACGAUGAUAUGGAGGUAGAGGUGGGGGACACGAGGGCGUCUGAUUUUAAGGACAAGAUUCUGGGUUUGUUGAAGCGAGGAGGUUUUGAAGAUAAGAGGUCAUCAAAGCUCUCACAAGAAGAUUUCAUGCACCUGCUCUCUGUGUUUAACAAAGCUGGAAUACAUUUCUCUUGAUUGCAUUGGUAACUAGUUACUUAUCCUUGUUUUUGUUUUUGUGUGUGUGUGUGUGUGGCUAAUUUAGUUAUUUUUGUUGAGUUUUUUUUUUUAUCCAAUUUUGUGUAACGGUGGAAGGAUACUAAGAUACAGUGAUGAGGCUUUCGAGUUACCUGUCGAAGAAUACUCGUGUGUUUGUGCACAUGAGUUGUCUCUGUUAUUGAUUUGCAAUUCGAUAUUGUUCUUGUGGAGCAAA